AUGAAAUGCUACGUUGAUUGCAGAAUGGGCGAAGAUGGCUUGAUACCGCGGCUGGGUAACAUGAAGGCUUUGUUGGGGAUCCUGGCGGGAGCCGGAGCCUCUUACGGUUUAUACAAACUGUUACGUGGAGGAGGAGGUGCGGAGAUAAACAAAGCGAACCCGAGAAAAAGUAACGCUAUGGCCGUACAACCGGGGAGCCUUAUGGCCAAAGUGUCUGGUUUUAAUGUUGUUAGUAAGACUGACAGUGGGAAUCUGACCACAGAAAUCGCAUCAAGUGAAAUUCUCUCAAAGUCCCCUGGUAGUCUGGAGCCACGGCACCUCAGCAUGCUUCUCUCUCUUCUCCAGAGCAGCCCCAGCCCAGCAGAGAGGAGGGAGGUCCUCAUCACUUUAGGGAACGCUGCUGCUUUUACAGUCAACCAGGACCUUCUCCGGGAAUUUGGAGGCCUUCACAUCAUAGCAGGUUUCCUCUCUGACCCUUCACCUGACGUUAGAGUGCAGACUCUGAAUGCCUUGAGUAACCUGAGUAUGAAUAUCCGAAAUCAAGAGCAGCUAAAGGUAUAUGUUCCAUCAGUGGUGCAGUUGAUCGAGAUGUCCCCUGUGAACUCGGACCUUCAGCUGGCGGCACUGAGGCUGCUGACUAAUUUGACAGUCACAGAUAACCAUCAGCAUCUAAUGAAGAACUCCAUCACUCUCCUCUUGUCACUACUUGUAGUCAGCAAUGAAGUCCUACAGAUCCAGGUUUUGAAGGUUCUAGUGAAUUUAUCAUCCAAUCCAGACAUGAUGGAUGACAUAGUACAAGCCCAGGCACCAGCCUCCCUCGUGCUCCUCUUCGAUGGGUGCACCAGCACAGAUGUGCUUCUUCGCCUGCUGUUCUUUGUGGGGAACCUGCGGGCCUGGAGGCCGUCUGCACAGGUGGCCGAAGCUCUGAGGAGGCGACAGGACUCUCUUUAUUGUGUGCUGCUGGACAGCUCCUCUCAGUUUCACAGCAGGCUCCCUCUGCUGCUCUCUCACCCAGAUGAGGAGAUUAAAGCUCAGGUGGCACGGCUCCUCACCUAGCCUCUAAACCCGGCUUCACUUUGCCUUUAACUGCCACAGCCUUGCUGUACCUUAUGAAGUCUGUUGCCUGGCCAGUGCACUUAGAAAUACGCCUCGUACAGGUGUUCAAGGGGAAUGCCUCAAAAAAAAUCAUUUUUCAUGUUAUCAUUGGGUAUGUCAUGAAGACUAGCAAAUUUUCAGUCAAACAGUGAACAAUGAAUAGUUGGUCUAUGUAAAAAAAUAUAGAAUUUUGGCCAGAUUUCUCUGAUAAACACAGAGGUGUAGCUUUAGCAUUGGGUAGCAAAAGGGUUUCUGUACAUCUGAGAGGUUUCAUGAAUUUCUUUCUCUCCUUUGUGCCUGUAUCCCUCCUGGAAGGCAGCAGAGGAACUAGAUGGGACACAGAAAAGAAAUAGGAAGCCAGAUUUCUCAGGCUGUUUUACAGCGAGUGGUGUUCGCUAAGCAAAUUCCUCUAGAGAGUUUUGCUUUUGCCUUGUCUGAGGCUCAUGAUCUCACUGCCGAACCCUUUUCUAGCCAAGUGAAUGAAUGUUUCACUCUAGAUGAAUUCCUAUGUCACACAAAGUGCUUCCUAUACCUUCUCAGUCUGAAGAAAGGAUUGUAAUGUGUGGUUGCUGAUAUUCUUGCAUUGCCUGUGAAAUUUAUGAGUGUUAAAAGAAAUGAUGGACAACGGGUGCAUGAAGUAAAGGGUUCCAUUUUUUCCUGUAUGAGAUAUGCAUGUUAUGAGAAGCGUUUGGGAUAUUAUCUGAAUCUAUUAAGCGUAGUGAGGGAGCUGUUUGAUUGUUUUUUUUUUUCUUGUUUUAUCUGGAUCCCAGACAGCAAUGCCAGCAUUGUGAAAAUAUAUAUGUAUUGUACUUGCCAGUACUUUGCCACACUGAUUUUUUUUUUUUUUACCUGCUGUGAUCGCGAGGGAAUGACAUUGUACAGUACAGUGUAACAUGACAGUACAGUCAUCGCCACUGUUGAUGAUGAUUGGUGCUCACCAGAGACCAACAGCUUGGCUUCAGAGGAAAAAAAAAAUAUAUCAGAUAGGUUUAAUAUCGGCUUUGGACUGAUAUGUCACAUUUGGAAUGCUUGUUGUAUAGGUCUAUUUUAAUUUAUUUGUAUUGACAUUGGAAAUAAAUGAUUUAUUUUAAAUGGA